AUGAAAAGUCUCAUUUUAAGCAGAGGUGGAUCCACGUGGUUCCACGAGGAUACACGUGCACCCGCCGUUGUCAAAAAAUAUUUGCUCGUAGAUGAAUUUUUUGCUAUUAUUACUAAUGUGUUGAAUAUGAUAGGAGCAUCAUUUAAGCGCAAAGAUCAACUUCAGGACCAUCAGACAGAAAUGUUGGAGCAACUACAAGAAAGUGAUCGUGUGCUUGAUGCGAUUAAAUGUGGAGGCUCGAAUCCCAACGGUAUAUUACAAGCCGGAGCUUUUUUUACUAUGAUCACUGAAUAUGAAUUUGCUUUCUUGCUUCACUUGAUGUUGAAGAUAUUGGUGAUGUCCAAUGAGCUAAGUGCAUCAUUACAAAGGAAAAACUUAAAUCCAGCUAAUGCUUUUGCUAAUUUUGAUAAAGAAAAAAUAAUGAUAUUGGUCAAGCAUUAUCCGGAUGGGUUUGGUGAAUCAAAGCUUCGAGAGCUUAGUUACCAACUUGAUACUUUCAUUAUGCACAUGCGACAUUGUGAUCCUAUAUUUUCUAAUUUGAAAGAAAUUGGUGAUUUGACAAAAGCAUUGGUUAAUGCAAAUCUUGUGGAGACUUAUUCUCUUGCGUACUUACUUGUGAAGUUGAUGUUGAUUUUAUCAGUCGCUACUGCAACUGAAGAAAGAGUUUUUUCAUCCAUGAAGCAUAUCAAGAAUGAAUUGCAUAGCAGCAUUGGUGAUACAUUUUUAAGUGAUUAUUUAAUUUGUUAUAUUGAGAAUGAUAUAUUUGUAAUAUAA